CGGGGCGAGCCCCCUUCGCCGCCUGCGCCGCCUCCGCCGCAGCCGUCGCCAGAGCUUCGGCUACCGCCCGGGGCUCAGCACGGUCGCGUUGGAGAGCAGCGCGCCCCACGCAGUCGGCCGCUCCGCCGCCGCCGCCGCCGCCGCCGCCGCCAUCGCCGCCGACGCAGCCUCCGCCGACGCGCAGCCGCUAUGGCAACCAUGACGCCCAGCACGAGGCGCUGCUCCACGCCGUCGCUGUCUGUCGUCGCCGUGUUCCUGAUGCUCGUUGCUCCACCUGACGUAUAUUACAGUCUUUGCUGUCUAUCGUCGCUGUGUUCUUGAUUCUUGUUAUUCCACCUGAUAAGUGGGAUUGA